UAACAACUCUUACUUGCCCUUUUUUAUGCUCACUGCAGAGGGAAGGCAGCUGUAAGAAAUUUAGAUGGGAAUUUAGGCCCAGCUUCACUUUUGGUGGUUGUAGUAAUCCUCUGGGCUGUCUGAAAAAGCCCUUGCCAGUGACUUUUAUUAGUUUUCCAGUCCACUGAGGUCAGAUGUUCUUGUAUUUAUUUCUUCUCUGCAACUCAUUUAGUCAUUUGGGAAUAUAGCCUCAGUAGGCAAUGGUGAGGGCAGACUCUCUGGAGCAGCUGGGAUUCUUGGAACACAAGGCCCGCACAGUAGCUCAGCUGCAAGGGAAAAGGAGUUUGGCUCUCCAAAUGUCAGGCGAUCCAAGCUCUCUGCUAGAGCCAUGGUCCAGCCACAGGGGAAAUGGUACAAACAACCAUGAGCUUCCUGGAGCACUAGUUUUACCCAUCGAUUGGAGGGUGGUGUUUUUAUUAUAAAACUAGUGUGACUGUAUCAUAGAGGAGAAGCAAAAAUCCUCACAUCUUUCUUUUCUAAAUGAAGCACAAAACUUUAUAGUAAGCCACUUUGGACUAUGCCCACUCCCACCCCUGUUCCCUGAGGUGUAUUUAAGAAGCCAAAUUUGGGACUUGCUGCUGUUGGAAAGACAGCUGUGCUGUAUUAAGUCAUGAGCCCUGAGAUCUGUGCUGGCUCUGCCUCUGCCUACUAUGAUCUUGGGUAAGUCUUCCCUCCCCUUCCAGGCACCCCCUCAUUCCUCUCUAAUACAAUGAGAUGGAACCAGAUGACCUCAGAGGUCACUUCCAGCCCUGAAGUUCCUUGAUUUCCCUCGAUUACAUUGAGAGCUAGUGAGACAUGGGAGUGAAAUGUGAACACUAACAGGAAGUUAGCACAUUGAGCAGGCCUGGCCACCUGGGACCCUCCUCCACCACCCUCCAGCUGCUUAAGUGUCCAUGAUACUUUGUCAGCUGACCUGGAGCUGACUAGACAAGCCUUGUCAUCAAUUUGGCCCUAUGACUUCCAGAGUUCUAUUUCAGGAGCUCCUGGAGAGGCCAGAAACAAAGACUAAGAGACAGUUCCUGCAGGGCGCUGCCCAGGAAAGCAGAAAAGCAGUUCUACACGACAGCCAGGCUCCCCAUAAUAGCAAAGGGCAGCAGGUUGGGGACAGAGCAUUCCGCUGUGGCUACAAGGGCUGUGGGCGUCUCUACACCACUGCUCAUCACCUAAAGGUGCAUGAAAGAGCUCAUACAGGUGACCGUCCAUACAGGUGUGAUUUCCCUAGCUGCGGAAAGGCCUUUGCCACAGGAUAUGGGCUGAAGAGCCAUGUGCGCACCCACACUGGAGAAAAGCCAUACAAGUGCCCAGAGGAGCUAUGCAGCAAGGCCUUCAAGACCUCAGGAGACCUGCAGAAGCACGUCCGGACCCACACCGGUGAACGCCCAUUCCGGUGCCCCUUCGAGGGCUGUGGCCGCUCCUUCACCACAUCUAAUAUCCGCAAGGUACAUGUGCGCACCCACACAGGCGAGCGGCCCUACACCUGCCCCGAGCCCCACUGUGGCCGUGGCUUCACCAGUGCCACCAACUACAAGAAUCACGUGCGCAUCCACACAGGGGAGAAGCCAUACGUUUGCACGGUGCCAGGCUGCGGGAAGCGCUUCACCGAGUACUCGAGCCUCUAUAAGCACCACGUGGUGCACACACACUGCAAGCCCUACACCUGCAGCACCUGUGGCAAGACCUACCGGCAGACCUCCACCCUGGCCAUGCACAAGCGCAGCGCCCACGGCGAGCUGGAGGCCACAGAAGAGAGCGAGCAGGCCCUUUAUGAACAACAGCAGCUCGAGGCCGCCUCUGCAGCCGAGGAGAGCCCACCCCGCAAACGACCCCACAUUGCUUACCUUUCGGAGGUGAAAGAAGAGGGUGAUGACAUCCCAGCCCAAGUGGCCAUGGUGACCGAGGAGGACGGGGCCCCCCAAGUGGCUUUGAUCACUCAGGGUGGUGCCCAGCAGGUCAGCCUGUCUCCAGAAGAUCUGCAGGCCCUUGGAAGUGCCAUCAGUAUGGUGACCCAGCAAGGCGGCACCACCCUUGCCAUCCCCAGUCACGACGAUGACCUUGCCACAUCCAGCACACAUACAGUCACCAUGGUCAGCGUCGAUGGCACCCAGACGCAGCCCGUCACAAUCAUUACCUCUGGGGCUGUGGUGGCUGAAGACCCAAGUGGCCAUCAUCAACAGGUGGCGCUAUUGGCCACAGCCAACGGAACCCACAUUGCAGUGCAGCUGGAAGAACAGCAGACCUUAGAGGAGGCCAUCAGCGUGGCCACUGCCACCAUGCAGCAUGGCACCAUGACACUGGAGAGCACAGAGUCAGAGAGUGGAUGCUGAGCCUGAGAGGGCUGGGUCCCACCCCACAAUGAGGAGGUGCCAUGCCACACAGACAUCCCUGCCUCCAAAGGCCCAGGCUGUGGCUGACAUGAUGAAAGGUGGCCAUGAGGUCUCCAGGGCCAGAAGGCAGCAGGAAAAUGGUCUAACUGAAGGGGACAGGGGCCCUGCCUAAGAGGAGAGCUGGCAGCUGGCCUCUGGAGAGUUCAUCGUCCUCAGGAGCUAAGGAGGACUAGCCUGAUCCCCGGGCUGCACUGGAGCAUCCUGCCCUCCGAGUCAGCGGGGUGCACACCCUCCUCCCUCCAGAGAACAGCCUUCCCGCCUGCAAUCUACCCCACUUCUAGGAGUGAUUGGGGCUGCUGUGGAGACCAGUCCUUCACUCUGACUGGUCACUGCCCACCAGAGGACAGGGCAGACAGCUCUUCAGCCCAACAGGGGCGGAGCAGGACCAGACCUGUCCCUCCCAGCAAUAACCGCCUCCCCAGAGGGCAGCCGAGAUGCCUGGCCACUUGGCAGCAGGGACUUCCUGCCACUGAAGUCAGAAUUGCUCAGGAGCCUGUGGCUGGAGAGAAGGUGCCCAGCACCCCCACCCCCAGCUGCCCUCCAGCCUCUAGUGGAGAGAUGGGGAGGAGCCUUGUACAUUCUGGGGAUUGGGUUUAAUUUGGUUUGUUUUUUAAAUUCCAUUUUGAUAAUUUUUUUCUUGCUCUGGGAGGUGGUGGCAAAUGGGUGAAUCACUAUUUAAUAAAAGUUCCAGGUUUCCA